AUGUUGCUACGCUGCAUCAAUAUGAAGCAUUCUGAAGAGCUGAUCGAUCGAGUUCGAGACGUUCACAGGAUCGUCAGACGUCUCGAUAAGGUCUCCAGCUAUGCGACGGUGGUGAAGCCGCGUUCUUAUCUAUUGACAGCGUACUUGAAUGUCAUCUGGGGCCGCAAGUCAGCCGGGCGAUUUUAUCUGCGAAAAGCACGGAGACUCGCGAGCGCACAAGGAAAUAAGCUCGUCGAGGCGUGGAGUAUACAGAACGAGAGGACGUGGACUCCAAAGAUCUACAACAAUAUGGCGCGCUACUGGUUGGAGUACGUAGAAUCGCCGGACUUUGUAGCUUGGCAGUACAUUCACAACUUCAGUGUCAACGUAUGGUCCACGAUACUUUGCCCUUUACCGAUACCGGAUACGCAUUUGUAGCAAGGAAUCUGAAAGCGUGAUUGUACGCAUGUAGGUAAUACUACAUACGUUCGUCAGGUUCCUUCGCGGUUCUCAAUUUGUAAUGUUAGUCAAGUUCAGUUACUGAUAAUGUUAUAUUUUUUUCUCGUGAAUAGUCGCAUUAUCAACGAAAUGUCCAUGAUUUGACUAUUUCAUUUGUAUACUUGACGUUAAAGUAUUUCCUCCAUAAGA